CAGCUUUUACCGAGGUUUGUGAAGUCUUUUUAUUGCUUCAUUAGGAGAUGAUUCAAAUACUUUGAUUCUUUUUCUCUUUGGUCUGAUUUCAGAGUCACUGAGUCACUGAGAAAAAUCGAAGGAGCAGCAGACAACAAAGGUGCACACUUAAAAUGUAGCAAUACUCUGCAUGACUCCUAAAGCUGUAAUAUGUGAGCAAUGGGCCCUGAGCCUGUGUCAGAGUCAAGAUGAGAGAUACGCUUUCAUUGCUGAAUGGUAUGACCCAAAUGCUUCACUCUUUCGGCGUUAUGAACUUCUGUAUUAUCCAAAAGACUCAUCAAUUGAAAUGUAUGAUGUGAAGAACCGUCGCACAUUCCUGAGGCGCACCAAGUACGAGAGCUUGCACCUUGAGGAUCUCUAUGUGGGCAGCAAAGUCACUGUGUUCUCCCGGCACCUCACCAUAGUGGACUAUGGGAACCUGUACACAUCUCGCAAGCUUGGGAGCCGCAAAGAGAGAACGCUGGCUUUGAUUAAACCUGAUGGAAUGCGUAAGAUGGGACAAUUAUUUGAUAUCAUUAUUAAUGCUGGAUUGACAAUAACUAAGGCCAAAAUGAUGCUGCUUUCAAGAAAAGAAGCAGCUGAUUUCUAUGCUGAUUAUCGAGCAAAACCUUUUUAUCAUGAGCUUCUCCAGUUAAUAAUGAGUGGCCCCAUCCUUGCUAUGGAGCUCUUAGGAGAUGAUGCAGUGACUAAGUGGAGAGCAAUAGUGGGGCCAGCAAACCCUACAACGACUGAGAGUGAUACACUGGACAGCAUCUCAGAGAGCUUUGGACAUUGUGGCCUCAGAGAUGCAGCUUAUGGCCCAGAUUCAGUUGCUUCAGCUGCUAAAGAGCUGGAGUUGUUCUUUCCCUCCAGUGGAGGUCGUGGACCAGUCAGCAGUGCCAAAUUCACAAACUGUACUUGUUGCAUUAUUAAGCCUCAUGCCGUUAAUGAAGGGCUUUCUGGGAAGAUUAUAAAAGCCAUCCUCAAGGAAGGAUUUGAGAUCUCAGCUUUGCAGAUGUUCAACAUGGAGCGUCCAAAUGUGGAAGAAUUCUAUGAGAUUUACAAAGGCGUUGUCCCUGAAUACCUGGAGAUGGUUUCAGAGUUGUGUUCAGGCCCUUGCAUAGCAAUGGAGAUUAGACAAUUUGAUCCUUCAAAAGUGUUCAGAGACUUCUGUGGUCCUUCUGACCCUGUAUUAGCCCGUCACCUCCGACCUGGAACUCUGCGUGCUGUCUUUGGGAAGGACAAGAUUCAGAAUGCUGUUCACUGCACAGACCUGCCUGAAGAUGGACUUUUAGAGGUGCAGUACUUCUUCAAGAUUCUGGACAACUAACAGGACUGCAACAGACACGCACACAGAACUGUGUGUUCAUUCAUUUAUUUGUCCAAUGUUUCAACCUGACUGAAAUACAAGAUCAACAAGAGCACUGUACUCC